ACAUUCCUGUAUAUAUAAUUUCCGAAUGCCUAAUUAACCUUCCCUCUUCCACUUUAUUACGACGUCACCACGACAUGUUUGAUCAAUAACGUCAUAUCUUGUCAUGGAGGAAAAACUGGCGUUGUUAGAAAAAGUGGCCGAACUAGGAAAUGUAGACGAGGAAUUCAAUAAUUUCCUGCAUAGAGUAAACGAGGUAGAUCGGAUAAUAAAAAAAUUGGCCUCGAAAGACAAAAAUGUCCAAAAAAUCGGCGAUCUAGAGGCAAAGAAGUAUUUGGGCGAGGAAACCGUUACGGAGCAUCUCGAUGAGGAGCGAAUCGACAUGAAAGUGACCAGCGAUAAAACAAUGUUUAAUAAACAAGCCUUAAAAGCGGAGGACAGCAAGAAUCCCAACGAAAUGUCAAAAGAGUCAUUCAUGGCAGAAGUGGAAAAAGAUGCAGACAGGAGAUACAAAGACAGACUAGUAAGGACCGAAAAAAUGGAAACAUUUAAAAAGCAGGCCACGCUCGCCUUCAGGAGGGCCGAGUUUGAGAAAGCUCUGGUUUUAUACACGAAGGCGAUAGAACAAAUAAAGGACAGCGCAUUACUAUAUAACAAUAGGGCUCUAACUUAUAUAAAAUUGGGGCUCUAUGAGAAAGCCAAGGCCGACCUUAAGGAGUGGGCCCUAAGGAUCAACGAAAAUGGCUUAAAAUCUUGGCUUUUAUUGGCGAAAAUACAUUUUCUGUGUGAGGAAAAGGAGGAAUUCGGUAAGGCGGUAGUUGAAGCCAAGAAAAGAAAUCCAGAAGAAGUUAAAUUUAUCGAGCAGUAUUGUAACGAUUUGACUGCUAGCGAUGAUAAUGGUGAACUAUAGUUUGUUGGCAAUAUAUGGUUUUUUUAAAAUAAA